CUCUUGACGGUUAAAUAGUGUCUUAUUUGUAUGGAAUUCAGGGUUUAAUGCAUAAGGGAUUGGUGGGUUUGUAUGUCAUUCUAUUUGGAUUGCUUGUUUCUGCUGCUGUUGGUUCUUCUAUAGUAUUUGGUCUUAGAAAUGGUGUUUAUUGUUGGCUAUAUUAUAGAAAGAAGAAAAAAAAAUGACCCCAGUUGAUUACAGAUUGCCUAAUUUUCUACUAGAACAAUGGCUAAACUUGGUGUGGAUUGGAGUGAAAUGACAUCGUCAUAUUUUCCUUUUCAAUUAAAGGAUUUUUUCUACCUCAUCCGCACAUGUUGCUUGAAACUCAAUUUUUAGCCCUCAGCUGACCCUCAAUGGAAUUCAAAGCUUAACGGAAGAGCCAGCAGAACAACCCUGUUCUUGCAUUUGGAUACAGAACUGAAAUGCUAUAUUGUCUUCCAACUUGAAGGCUGAUUGAGAGCUAAUUUGGUGUUUCAUGCAACUUGGGCUAUAUUUUGGUGUCAUCUAUUUUCUGGAUUUGGGAACUCAAAUAUUUUGGCUACAACUUUAUUCAAACUGUUCACAUGUAGUUGAGCAGGAAGGCAUUGAGAGCGAUGGAUCUGAUGACACUUCUUUAUGAAUUAAUGACCAACAUAAUAAUUUUUGUGACAAGGCCUUUCUGGCUUUUCAAAGUGGCAUGCUUGUUUGGCAUGAAAACUGUUUUCGUUAUUAUUAACACUUCGAUAGAGUUGGUAAGCGCUGCAAUCUGCUUCCUCCUGAGUCUACUCUCCGGAGCCGUAAUUUUGAUAGUUGCUCUUAUAUCUCUGCCAGUACGGAUUUUGAAUGCCUUACAGAGAGAGAAGCAGCUCGAACUAUAUCUGCAUGAUAUGCAGAUAGAGUUGGAGAAUCUUGUGUGGGAUAGGAAGGAAAUGCAAGAACAUCUUCAAACAGCCAUUAAAGAGCGUAAAAUGAUGGAUUUGAUAUUAGCAGAGCUUGAAGAGGAAUAUGACAAGGCCAUUGCCAAAACUGAACAAUUAGAGGGUGAGUUUCAGAAUCUGAAAAAUGAGAAUCUUUGGCUGAAAGAAAUUCAGGUUAAGGUCGGCAAUGGCCAAAACAGUAGCCUUUCUGACAACUAUGGCAUUCCCUAUGGGAUCCCAUCAUUGAAAUCCAGUGGUAUCCUUCUCCAAGACCUGAUGAUGCCCAGAGACUCUUGGGGCGAUGAGAGCGAAACAAAAACAGAGUAUCUCAGUUUCUUAAAAGCCAGAUCAAAAUCUAGUGGGUCUAUUAUCCCACCAAUCAACCCUGAAAUCAUCACAAGAGAACGCAGGGAGGUUGCACUUUCACAGAGCCUUUUCAGCGCGGUAUUAUCGCUUUUGGUUGGAAUGAUUGUCUGGGAAGCUGAAGACCCUUGCAUGCCCCUUGUGGUUGCUCUUUUCACAGUAGUUGGCAUGUCAUUGAAGAGUGUGGUUGAGUACUUCUUCACCAUAAAGAACAAACCUGCUUCCGACGCGGUCGCGCUCUUAAGCUUCAACUGCUUUAUUCUUGGCAUGCUAACCUACCCAGCAAUGCCAAGAGUUGCCAGAAUGUUGGCUCCUGUGUCUCUGACAAUUAUGGACCAAAUGGGGGGCUGGCUAUGGUCUCUGCUUUCCCUCCCUUGAAACUGCUUUGCUCUUUUUUGCUCUCUACUUGUCGUGUACAUGGACCAUGAAAUUUGUUUAUUGUGGCAAUGCUCUUUAUAGCUUGUAUUAUAGAAGUUUUUGUUUUGUUUUUUUUUUAGUAUCUAUAUAAGCCACAACUUUCUUAAGACCUUGAGGCAGUUUUUUCAUCG